AUGGCUGGUGUUGCAUUAGAAAUUCCAUCGAGCGGAUUUACAUUCGACAAUUGUAGAAGAAAUGAAGUCUUAUUAAGUAAUGGUGUAUUACCUGGUAAAGUACGAAAAACCGGAACAACAAUCGCCGCCAUGAAAUUUAAAGUAUGUGAAGGAAAUAUUAUAUUUGAUGAUAAUGUUGCUCUUGGCGCUGGUACAUCAGCUGACUGUGAUUUUCAAACACGUAUGCUCGAAUCACAAUUAGAAUUAUUAAAACUAAAUACCGACAGACAAGUUCGUGUGGCAGCUGCUGUUAGAAAAAUUCAACAACAUUUAUUCAGAUAUCAAGGUUAUAUCGGUGCAUAUUUAAUCAUUGUUGGUGUUGAUACAACUGGAGCACAUAUAGCCACCAUUCAUCCACACGGAAGUAUUGCAUUUCUUCCAUUUAUUGCAUCAGGAUCUGGUGGAUAUACCUCAUUAUCGGUUAUUGAAGAUCGUUUUAAACAAGAUAUGUCCGAGGAUGAUGCUAAAAAAUUGAUUCGAGACGCUUUGUAUGCGUCGACUACAACUGAUUUAUUUUCUGGUUCUAAAAUCAAUAUGUUCGUACUGACAAAAGAAAAAUUGGAAAAAUUUUUACCGUAUGAAAUUGUUGGCAUACGUGGAGACAAACAAGCAGACUAUACAAUUCCAAAGGGUACAACGGCUAUAUUAAGUGAAAGCAUUCGAAAAAUUAAUUAUGAUAUUGUUAAUGAGAAGGUGAAACAAACAAAAUCAACUGAAUCGAUGGAAUUAGCUUAA